CGAGUACUCCACAGCCCUCAAGGGACUACUCCCUGUGGUGUGCAUGGAAAGCGUUUGUAAGCUGGACCCUUGUCUACAGUACUGUGCCUUUAAGGGCCUCUCGCUUUGUUGCCAAGUUACAGCCUGUCUCCUAGCAACAUAGUUUGUUACUUAAGCACCCUGUUUCUUGUGUGUCUGGUCAAUUUCCUGCCUCUUUGUCCAGCUUGGACCAGAGUCACCAAAAAGUCUUAACUCAAAAUGUCCCAGGUGCAUCUGCCGGAAGCAUUCAACACCUGUAACAAAGAGGCAGAGGAGGGUCGGUCCCAGAGAACCAGUGAUUACUACAGAGUUAAUGACAAUUUGCCAGCCAGGUUCAACCACCCAGGAUGGUUUCGGGGCUACAGAACGAAUGAAUCUCAUCCAAUGUACAGGACCACCAACCAGAUCUAUGGAAGCAAAGCGCCUACUGUACAUGAAAUGCCAACCUCCUUUAACAUUAUCUCACAUGCAUUUUCGAAACAUCUUGGAAAGUGUGGCAUGUAUAGGAAUAAUGGGCUCAACACCUACAUGGAGAAAAGCGAUGUGACUGGCAUAGAUAACCUUAUCACCUUCUACGACAGACUCAACUUUCACCCCAGUUACAAUGGCAGUGGCCCAUCCCACUGUGAAUAAUGUUUCAGCCAUGAUGUCUGCAGUAUGACACCUGUUCUUCAGUUUACUGUCUACUGCCUGGUUAAAAAAAAACCACAAAAGAACGAGCGAACAAUAGCAUUGACAUUUCCUUAGGAUUUCUGCUUCUCUCCUAAAUCUUUGAAAGCAUGACUGGAAACGGUGCACUCCUGCACUGAGUGAUGUUAAAUACACUUCCGUCUGCCACAUUAGCUUGCAGGAUGAUUCACCACAACAAACACAGGCUUCUGUUAAAAUAAUGCUGCAUGCCAUUGAAGCAUCAUUAAGCUGCAAUGGCAAUCUUUUAUUAUACUGUCUGACUUGAGGUUACCUUGCUGAAGGAGAGCCUAGAUCCAAUGUUAGCAUGACGUAGUAGAAAAGGUCAUGAAAACGGAAUAAAAUGAGUCAAUGAGCAAGGAUGAAAACUCUGUCAUUGAGAGAAUAAUAAGAGCAAAAUGCUGCUUUAGAGCAGGUGUGUUAAUA